GCGCUUCUCACGUGUAAAUGCUGAUAUUUUUGUGUACGCUCUCGGGGGUUUCAUGUUGAUCGCACCCGACGCGUCUUCGCCGUUGCAAAUUGACCGACGUAUGACCAAAUCCGGGCUUUGUUGAAAUUUCGACGCUGUGCGUGUGUCGAGUGUCGGGAAUUUGUCGCCCUGAUUAGCACGAGAAGACUGAAGCGGCCAUCGCUUUUCGUGUUCUCUGCCAUGGUGGUAUCAGCUGGUGCUAUCCCGUACCCCUUGAAGCUCCGUGUAGUGUGACUAGCCCAACUUUUGCGGCACCGUUCGAAUAUCUCCUCGUGCAAGUAUCGUCUGUGUGUGCUGAACAGUCACCAUUUUUUUACCGAUGAAGCGGAGAAGGUGAUACGAGAUCGCUGUUGCCGAGAGCGAUUAGGAGACGGCUGUAAUUUGUGCACCGCCUCAUAGUGCGUCGUGCUGGCGAGCCUUGGAAUGACCUCCGUGGGCCAUUGGCAGAUCGAUGACAUUGAUGAUGCCUUGGCUGCGGACUUCGAUGGCAGCCUCUCUGGCCUGGGCAUGGAACUGGGCACUGCAUCGUUCAACAUGAGCGAUGCCUUGCUCGCUCUGCCUAGCCUCUCGUCAGUGAAGCAAGAGAUGCCUCGGGAGAAUGGCUAUGCCCUGGCCGAUGCCCUAAGGGCGGGUCCUGCAAGCGACUGUGGCAGCAACAGCUUGGGACACUCCUCGGAGGCUCGGUCAGGGUUGCAUGGAAAGAAGAACCGGCUGCCCCUGAGCACCGACGACGAUGUCACGGGUGCCAUCAAGCGCUUCUGUGUCAGCACCUCCAGGGAAUCCGGCGAGGACACGAGUCCGAGCCGGUGUCGGCACAGUUCGUCGGCUCCUGACCUGCGCAUGGCCGUGUACCAGCCUACGGGUCCGCUCUCUCUGCCGCUGCCACGCCUCGGACCCGGAGGGGAGCUGGCUGGCAAUAUUUCAACGGGUGGCUUUCAGUACUUUCUGGGAGCAGCGACGUCCAUUGCCACCAAGCUACACGAGGAAACCAUGACAUACCUCAAUCAAGGCCAAUCAUACGAGAUCAAGCUCAAGAAACUUGGUGAUCUCACUGAAAUGCGGGGGAAAAUGCUAAAGAGCACCAUUCGCAUUGGUUUUCAAGAACGUCGACUGCAGUACAUGGAAAAAGAACAGAUUACUCAGUGGAUGCGGCAGAGACCAGGCGAAAGGAUACUUGAAGCUGAUGUGCCCUUGUCGUAUGGAGUGUAUGAAGUGGUCAACACACCAAACAAGGUCCACUUCUGUGAAUUCCUUUGGGAUCCGACCAAAGAGACUGGAGUCUUUAUAAGGCUCAACUGCAUCAGCACAGAGUUCACUCCCAAGAAACAUGGGGGUGAGAAAGGUGUACCCUUCCGCAUUGUCAUUGAAACAUAUUCCCAUGGAGAGCCUGGGCCGCCUCAGAAGUUACACUCAGCUUCCUGCCAAGUCAAAGUGUUCAAGCCAAAAGGUGCAGACAGAAAACACAAGACCGACCGUGAAAAAAUGAUCAAGAGGCCUCUGGCUGAGCAGGAAAAACAUCAACCUUCGUACGAUUGCACCGUGUUUACCGAGUGCAUUUCUGAGCCAGCAUUUGCACCGGCCAGUCCUCCACUGAGUGCCAGCGGCAACAGCAAUAGUGGGGUUACAAGCCCAUCUGCAGCACUGGCGGUCGGAGCUCAAGGUCCGGCAGCCGUUCCAGUCGGUGCACAGGGGCCGGCCCCGGCCACACCAACUAGUGUGUUGCCCAUUGCGUCCACCGCUCCCCCAACCAAGCCACCACCGGUGGCCAGCGUUCCACCACUGCCCCCCACGACGCCUGUGUCUCCUCCUCAGCCCAUCCAGCAGCGGCCCAGUAGUACCAGCAACUACUCGCCUCAAGGGAGUGGUGAUAGCUUCCCUCCACCUACAGCAAACAAUGCCAUGCCGGACCUGAACCCUGGAACCCCAGGCAGCUCAACUAGUGACGUGCUUGAAGUUUCUGAUGUUUCCCUGUCAUCGCCGCAGAAUUAUCAGUCACCACCGAGCUCCCAUUUGUCGUCGGAAGCCAGUGCCAACGAGACGGCUCACUGGCUUCAGCAGAACCGCUUUGCAAACUUCACCCGCACCUUUGCUAGUUUUUCUGGUGCUGACCUUCUGAGACUCACAAGAGACGAUCUCAUCCAAAUUUGCGGUCUCGCCGAUGGCAUUCGGCUUUUCAAUGCCUUGCACUCAAAGACUAUUCGGCCACGGCUGACCGCCUAUAUCUCCUUGCCCGCAGAACAAGUAUUCCGGGCUGUGUACCUGAGGAGCCUGACAGUGCUGGAGCUGCUCAGCAAGCUGACAUCACUGUGCAGUGUCUCCCCUUUCACUGUUCAUGACAUCUACAUCGACGGUCCCUCUGGAAUUCACGUGCUGGUCACUGACGAGGUGGUCCGCAACAUGCCUGACGAGUCAAUGUAUGCUUUGGAGCUUCUGAGAGACCCAGACGACGAAGUCUACAGCCUGCUUCUGAAGUCCUACGGUACCAACACGAGGACGUGAUGAAGACUGGCUUGUGUAUCUGUCUUUUCUAUCAUUAAUUGCAUCGGGUUCUAUAAGUCUUUGCCUCGCUGACUUCAUCCUCUCCGUUACCAUCUACCACAUAUUUGUUGCAGCUUCAACUGAAUACCUGGCACUAAUGGGUUCAUUUGCUUUGCCCCAUCUCCCGAACGGGCAGCAAACAAGCGGCUCCAGGCAUCGUGCCGUAGGCAUAUGAACUAGUUUUGAUAAAUGAAUGUGGCAGCGUCAGCUUACAGCGAGAGUUGUUAGAAACACAAUUAAAAAAUUAGCUGCUACAACGCAUUGCUGUACACAACUGUGGCUUGUAAACAUAUAAUGAUAUGUCGAGAAACCUUGAAACCGUGAGCCUCUAAGCCUGGUUUAUUUUUCUUGUUUAUGGGGGCAGUGCUGCAAGCGACACAAAGGGCUCAUUGAGUGACACUGGCUUGCGCUUUCUUUUUUUCUUUUCAACGCUUCACUUUUUUUUUUUUUUUGACAACUCGAAUUCAGUCAUUGCUUAGUAACUCAGACUCUAAAAGUUUUUGUGUUAUGGUGUUGACUUGGUGUACUUUUCAUCCUUUGCAAGAAAAUUUUUGCACCUUACUCUGAGUAUUCUGAAACAUCAACGACAAGGAAACCAAGAAAAUGUUGAUACCCAGAGGCUGGAAUGAAUUUAGAGUCCCCUAAACUACGAUCGAGUUCACAAUCAUAUUAAGGUUUUUAUACACACACGCACAUACAGUCCCGUAAUUUAAUUUUUCUUUGUUCAGCUUCCUACUAGCACUUGAUUGAGGCCUCCUACAAGUUUGAUCAGUUGUAAGGGAAAACCUCUUUUUUUUCUCAUUUUUGAUGUCAGGGCAGGUCAUUGCAAUCUUGAUUGAAGAAGGUGACGAUCUCAGGUGCGUAGCCAGAAUUUUUUUCUGGAAAGGGGGGGCGGCACCUUCUUAAAAUGGCCAUUUUUCGCUCUCUGGACUAUGAGGAAAAAAAAAAAUUACGGAGGGAGGGGGCGCGAGCUCGGUGUGCCACCCCUUGGUUACGCCCCUGAACAGCUCUUUUCAAUAGCAUGGAUUAGAUCGUAUGCUGCACAAGACCGCAUUUGAGAUCGGAGUUUACUUUUAGCGAGGUCAAGGCUUAAUGAAGAUGGUCACUGCUUGAUUGUUAGGCCUAUUGGGUUAGAUGCUGUUAAAACGUAUAAGGGCUGUACCCCUUAGGUAUAGCCGUUUCUUGAAAGAAAGCAUAUUUUAAUUUUCACCUGUACUUUAGACAUUGUAUUAUAGCUUUUGUGUUGAGCAAUGUUGUAUGCUGAGACUUGACAGCAUUCUAGCCACAAUAUUUAUGUGACUAGUGCCAGGUAUAAGGAAAUAAGUUUACAUAUAAGGGCUCAUUUCUUCGUUAUGACACAAUGUUAACUACAUCUAACGAAUAGUAAUGCCAGGGAAAGUGUAGGGGAUGUUCUUAGAAGUAACUUAAUGCAAAUGUGAAGAAAGAAAAGUGGACGAACAGAUAACUUGCCGUGGGCAGGAACCGAACCUGCGACCUUUAAAUAACGCGUCCCACGUUCUGCCAGUGCCUGGCAAGGGUGUUGACUUGAGUUGCCAGGCGAUGUGGCAGGAAUUCUCGCUUGCGAUGUACAUUGACUUCCUCAAAAAUUGCUGUUACUUACUCUUAGAAAACGGAACUGUGAAGUGAUACAAAUAGUUGAACGUGCUUAAGCAUUGCUUAUUAGUGGAAAUUGCUAAAAGGAGUGCUUAGCAGGAGAAACAUUCUUCCCAUUUCUAUACACAUCAUCGUGCUAGUACCGUAGGCAACUUAAGGGCAAAUUUGAAACUAAUUUCACCUGGUGUCUCAAAAGGCAAUGGGUUUGUUGCCACGGCCGUAAUAGCCUCAGUGACUGAGUGACUAAACUGGCUUGCAUUCCAUAUUCCAAAGUGCCAUACUCUGCCAUUAGAUGUCACUGAUAAACUGUACCUUGCCAUUUUUGUAUUAAUGUUUUCUUUUCCACUUGACGUCUGGUUGGUGUUUUGAGCUGCGACAAACGAGUCUCUCCUCUUAAGCGCUUUAUUUCUGCUGGGAAUGUGUGCAGAUGUUAACAAUUCCAUCACUUGCAUCAGUAUUUUGUCAGAACAUGUUGGUCAUGGUGUAUGUGCCGUUAUGUUUGCAAUGUAACAACUCUUGCCCAGUAGGAGAAUUUUUUCUGAAAAAUGUUUUGUCAUUUGUUUGUGAAAGUUGUACAUAUAUGGCAGCUCAACAGCUCUAAAAACUGUUUUUUGUGUGCGGUUGUUGGGGUGUUACUAACACGUUGCACAGUUUGCGGAUUGUCCCAUGUCAUUCGUCAUCGGGGAGUGCUACCGAUGCAAGCAGUCAUCAUGGAUUCAUUUUGUUCGAAACUGUUCUUGCUUUUAGAUUUGCUGUAGGCAUUUUUAUUUAAAGAGGAUUGGGGGGGGGGGGGGUAUUUUGGCCUUUUGAUGAUAACAGAAGUAUGGCCUACUCUUAUAUAGUGAACUCUUGUAGCACAGCUGUUUUAACCAUUGCAAAUGUUUUCAAAAUGAAUACAACAAUGCAGAUGGUUUUCUUUAAUAAGCACUUGAUGGAUGAGACUGAUGCAGCAGGCUAGCCACACUAGAGGUCUCUGCAUCUGGAGUUAUGUUAGUGGUAGUGGGUCAUCCUUUAAAGGGACACCAAAAUCAAAUAGCAAUUUAUGUCAAAGUGAAAGAAGUUCAAUGUAUGAUAACGUCUGAAACGGCAAUGCUAUCAACAGCAGUGCCCUACUUGCUGAGAAAUCGAAAUUAAGGUUGAUGUACCACACGACAGGCCCCAUGAGUGGGAUGUUUUGGUAAUGAUCCCGAUGACAGGAGAGCAUCCGACUGCAAUUAAUCAAAAGUAAUCAAGCUAGCUGCAAUAAAAAAACCUUCCAUGCAUCAAAAGAUAUAAUAAAAUGCUGCUUGUCCAUUUCUGUAUGACUUAUAAAGAAAAGGAUUCGCCUGGCGUUUACUACAGUGAGUAGUGCAAGUGGUUCGAGAAUUCUAUUUUUGCCUGGAUAUGCUGGAUAGGUGGUGCCAUCUACUGGAGUCCAGUUGAACCAAGCAAGCAGUACCAUGGCCUUUGAGAUGGUAGAAAAUUGUUCUAUGGCCGUUGCUACUGCUGUGGCUUCCGCUACUUUCUCUCUGCUGCUACUAGUGUUGGAGGCCGCGCAGUAAGGCGGGGCAACGUUGUGCACAGCAAUAGUGACGUGUGAUGGACCACUUUCAGGCGAGGAAUUAGCAGUGCACUAACGUGAUGCGGACCUAUAAAAUGUGGUUUUAUUUCAAAAUAAGCACUUCUUUGGCACAAACUACGAAGUUUCUGGGCUGCUAUUUCAGCAAUUUUCUGUAUGCUCAAUUGCAAUAACUUGAUUUUAUUCAAAUAAUAAAAUUUCUCAUUCUUAUUCUGAAUCAACAUUAACUUAAUAUUUACCUUUAGUGUCCCUUUAAAAGAGGUGCCGCUGUUUCGUAUUGUGCCCAUGUCGUGUUAUGCCUGUUGGAAGCUGUACAUUUUAGGGCAAUCACAUUUAUUUCCUGUAGUGUUGUCAUUUUCUCAUUAUAUUUUUUUUAGAAUGUGAGACUGGGUGUUUUGAUGCUUUUAUUUUCUGGAAAAGUGUUCUGAAAUGGUACAAAAACAUUUUUAUUCCCUUGCACAAAACUCACUUGCGGUACUAUUUGUGCCGGUAAAGAGAAGAGAGGGUGCCUCUGACAUUUUUUGCACUGUCAAGUAGCAUAGCAUUUUUUCAUUUCAGGACAAAAAGAAAAUAUUAAGGGCAGCUCAUGUACUAAGUUAAAUAAGAAAAAAAAAACAUUUAGCCUCAUUUAUUCACUGAAGCUCUCUAAACACUCAGCAGACCUUCUUGCUUUUAUGAGGCCUGAUGCACUGUUUCGCGCAGGUUGCCUCGCUUACCUUAUUUCUCUCAUAUAACGGAUGUCAUUAGUUGAAGGGAUGCUUUAUUAUAGCCACGUCCAACACAUUCAGCACUUUUCUAAGCAGCUUCACUGUCCUGUCUCCCUACAUUUUUUUUCUGCUGUUACUCUAGGCUCUCGAUAAUCCAAACUCAAAUGGACCUCGGGAAUUCGUUCUAAUUAUCAGAAGGAAUCAUAAAAAAUGACUCGGGGGCAGAUUAGAAACUUUUUGUGAUGAAACGUUUAUGUAUAUGCACCUGUAAACAUGGGUACCUUGAAAUUACACCGCUGAAGGAUUUCCAGUUCAAUUCAUUCUGAAAAGACAAGGCGUGCAAACACAAGUUAACAAGAAGGAAGUUGCGAUACCACAAGUGCCGUGAUUUCCAUCAGGUGUCUGUGUUUUCACACCUUGUUUAUUUAGAAUGAAUACUUACCCAUCUAGAUCAGCUCUCUCUUAUUUCAUUCGACAUUUUAGGUGUCCGUGGUUAUACUGUUACUCAUUGUACAGGAUGUGCAUGCACAUGUAGUUAAACAACAAAAUGUGCUGUGUCCUGUAACAGCUCAUGGCCUCUUUCUAAUCCUAGUGUGCUUUGUCACAUAACGCUGUUUUACUGCGGCAAGAGCAAUAUUCGUGUUUCGCACGCAAUUUUCGGUGCACGCAGUUUAGCAAGUUGGCUUGUUUUUUUGGUUAGUUGGACUUGUGUAGGCAGGAAAUCAGCAUUAUUUGUGACUGGUAGCGGUAUAAAAACGAAAAUGUUUAGCUAGAAACAAAAAGACUUUUAAUGUUCUCAAAAGGACAAGACGAAAGAUUUUUUUCGGUAUGGACAAAUAAAUAAGUAUAAAUUGAAGAAAUUAAAUGCUUUAGAGAAUAUAGAAGCAUCUUCAAAAUAGAUUGAAAGUUUAUAUUCUCAGAGAUUUAGAGCUUGGGUUUAUCGAGAGUCUGCUAUACUUACUAAAAAUAUUCAGUCUUCUUCCUCGAAUGAAAUUUAAUGCUUCAUGUGUCUCUAUGGUUAGCUGAGCUGCUGAUUUGCCUCUAAUGUGGACAGGCCGGUUCACUCAGAUUUUUCGAUCGAAAUGUCGCAAUAUAGUAAUGCCGAGCAUGUUGAUGUGGCUUAUGGUUUCUUCAUAUCAUUGCUAAAGUGUUGUGUAGGGCUGGAAGUAGUGUAUGAAAAAAAAAAGAAAGUGUACGAAAGCACUACUUAAUGGCAUCUGUGUCGCCCUUGUUGGUGUGGCAUACCCUAUACAGUUGAACCUCUUUAUAAGAAGCAUGCUCCAGGCAGCAAUUCUUCUCUUUUAUAUAAGAUGUCUCUUAUAUACAAGGUACCACGCAUGAACUUUUUUAUCAACCUCACUGUAGGCACAAGGAUGUCUCUUAAACCCAUUUGUCUCUUAUAUCAGUGUCUCUUAUAAAGGGGUUCGACUGUAGAUGCUGUCCUUCUUUGUUUUUGAUUUUAAAUCACUGAAUCAAUGCCGCUGUUCUUAUGAGAGUUGCUGGCUUGGGGUGCAAAAAGAGUACUGAUAAGGGAAAGGCUGAUAAGGCUUUGAGUGUGGGUGAAGAUGUGUAGCAUUAUUUCAAUUGAUGCUGAACGUUUGUGCGCUGGUUGUGCGCUCGUUUGUGCUUGGAAGUGGAGAAGUCGCAGGGAACAUAAAAAGAUAUAGAGAUGUAGUGCUCUGUAGGACUGACCAUUACAAGGUGAAAAAGUUGCAGGCAAACUGCAGCAGCAACAUACAAAGUAUUGUAUAUAUAUAUAUAUGCCUUUAAAUGUUUAAUUAUAAGUUUGAAUGAUAAAGCCAUUUAUUUCAUUUGUUUUGAAAUCCUUACUUUCUUUAGGUUCCACAGUUACAGUUUUCAAUCGCUCAGGCAGCUGGAAGCAUUUUUUUAAGGCUUUGUGCAAUAAGAAUAACCUUUUAUCAGUUUAGUUCAUUGUGAUCAGGAAUAACUUGUGAAGCUUACAAAGAAGUUGUUUAUUAUUUUUUUGUUUUACCUUUUUUCAUCCUUUUUUCUUUUUGCCGUGCUGUUUGUUUAAACUUUUUUUUUUUCUGAUCAUUUCGUGGGGCUCAAUUUCAUUUGUCUUGUGUCAUUUCAUGUUAGGGGUAUCAUAUGAUUAACUUUAUGGUGCCUGAUGGAUGUGCUGAUACUAAAGUUUCUGUUUGUCUAAGUCCAUCAUCAUCCAUCUAGCAAUCUUUCUUGUGGUUUCUUUUGCUGUUUCACUCCAUCAUAUUGUCCUGCUAGUGGAUAUGUGGGAUCUUUAACAUAUUUGACCUUUCCAUAAACAAGUUUUUAAUCGCUUAGUUGUAGUCGUAUGCGAUGUUGUUCACUUCAUCACUGUGACACUGGGAAAGCGUGUCUUUUACUUACUCCAGAAGUGCUCGGUUGAUGCCUUGUCACUUGUUUUUUUUCUUUUACUGCUUGGUCAUCAUCUGUGUCUGUUUCUUUGGUCAUGUCUGCUGUAUGUCUGGUUGAAGAGGCUCAGUUUUAUGGUCAGUCAUAUUGAGGUGAAAAAAUAUAUAUGUAUAAGACAUCUUCAUUCAUGUUGACCUGCAUUGUUCAUGUUUUGUGCACUUGGGCGCAGAUAUGUAGUUUGUCACAGCGUUUUGUACAGAGAGCUCUAUUUUUUGCCAAGACGGAAUAAUAAAAGAGUUUAGGCACGCGCA